GCGUCUUGAACUGUGGCCUGGGAAGGUUUCACUGGAUGGCAUUGAUGUCGGGGAUGCUGACUGGUUGAAGGCUUGGGACGCACUGAACGAUGAAGUGAGAGACAAAGCACCACUCGAACCGUGGGUUCGGCUGAUCGCCGCUGCAGCUGAACGUGAUGAUAGUACUGGAACAAGUUUUGGCAGUGCAUGUAGCCGGCACCCGAACUGCAUGGCGGGCCUUACCGCCUUUGUCAUCCUUCUGCUUGCAGCCGCUAUCCUUUUCCUUGGUCUCGGUCUUCCAACAUUCACGCAUCGUGACGAUCUCGACAAGUCACUAUACAACAACCCGAUCUAUACCCGUGAGGUUUCACUGACCAACCAGACGUGCUACAAGGCGCUCCGCGACGCUGUGGGAGAUGACGGCUUUGUGGGCGACAUUCUCGGCGACAUCAUUCCUGGAUCACUCGUCACGAGCAUCACCUUGCUAUCUACCGGUGUGCCACCGCUGGUGUUUACAGUGGCUCCUCGCUCGCUGCACCUACAUCUCGCACGCAAUCUAGGGUUUUGGCACGCUGUGGGCUCCGAUGUCUCGUUCGGUGUCUUCUCGAGCUCGACGUCGGAGAUUGACCUUCAAGUGGAGAUCUCUGAGGACGCCCGGUUGUGCAUCACACGCUUGUCGAUGUGCACGGCGCGCGAUUGCCGGCUCGGGGCACUGGCGCUACUUGCUGGACUGGAAGACCACGGCGUGUCGUCGCUUUUGUUCAAGAGUGAUGGCGGCGCACUUUUCUCCUGGGGCGGCGACAACGGGCUCACCAUCCACAACUAUUGGCACUCGCUGGAUCGAGCAACGGUGGUGUUUGGCUCCAUCUUGGUCAUUGUCGGUUUUGGGGUGGUCAUCGCUGCUGGUAUGUUCUGGCCUGAGGUGCUAGCGUUGCUUGGCAAGGCCACGGUCCGCGUGCCGCUCGAGACGGACGAGGAUAUGCAGAUUAAUGUGGCCGUAGCCCAAGCGCGUGGGCUUCCGGUUCUGGCGUUUUUCGGGACACUCAUGGUGCUCAACAGCGAGGCAGGUCUUGUUGCUGUCAUCAAAGGCUCCUAA